CUUGGGCUCAAAAAGUCCUUGAAUGGUGUGUCACCACUCAUGGUCAUCUCAGGAAAGCUGAAAGCAUGGGCCACAUCGCGAGCAUGGGCCACACACGGGAGCCUGGGGUCAAUGAAAGCUUCUUCGGACAACCGCCACCGACUGACAACAGCCCGACACCUCCAACCUAAUUCAGCAAAGAUAAGGCAAAAGAGAAGAAGAUGUUGAUAUGGUGUCAAUAUCUCCAUGAUCCCCCUUCCCCCUCUCAAUAGAAAACAAAUGAGGACGUUCCACAAGCUGAGAGGCAACACAAUUAUGUAACCCACCGGGCUGGGCAGCCGACCCUUGCCGUUCCCGGGAUUAGCGAAUCAGGAAUAGCGCAGCUCGCCUUGGGGCUGGAGCCUCGGUGGAGAAGGUCGUGAUUGCAGCCAAACACCUCCGCCCGCACUGCACUCGCCUGCCGCCCAGGGGACUUUGAGAGAAGAAGGCCAUCUUUUGGCAAAAAGACAUCAGAAACUCGGACAUUUGCAUCUGUCGCCGCUUCCCGAUGACAUACCCAACAUUUUCUUGACAUCUUUGAUAAACCGAUCCUCAGCCCAACCCCGCGCGCCCGCUUCAUUCCCCCCCAACCACCCAACAAAUCAAAACCAUCAACUUUGAACGAAACCGAUUCCAAAUCCCGCGCACGUCCGAACAAUAGAAGCCUGGGUUGGGCACCGAACGAGGGGAAAACACACGAGGCGCAAGGCCGAGGAGGAACAAAUCUCAACACAAUGACUUCGAUACGAAGCUCGCAGCGACGCUCGCCCGGCGCAGAGUUGGGCCCUCCGCCAAACCUCCAGCAACGAUCUAUCUCUCCCGCCGUCGGCGUCGGCACCAACCGCCCCGUUGCGCCCCGGGCAUCUACAUCAUCGAGGCCUAUGCAGCCUGUCAGCGGGAGCUUGAAUAGGAGCGAUGGCACUCGGCGGACCAAUUCGUCAGCAAGUACUUCCGUGCCCCUCUCCCAAAUCGAAAAGAGCGUAACACACCUGCUGGUUGCCACGAAGCAGCUAUUGGAAACUCUGACGCAAUGGUCCCGAGGAAACGCUACCGACACGCAGGUGUCCGAUGUCUAUGUCCGCUUGGGAUACGAGUUCAACAUGGCCUGCCGGGCCUUUACAGCCAUUAAUGUCGAUACAUCUGACCUCGGAAAUGUGCCCGAGCUGCUAAGGAAUAUUUUAGAGUCUACUUUGAGCCAGGAAGCGAGUGUGGAGAGUUUGGAUAGAUACUUGCCACAGAUCCGCGACAUCAUCAUCAACUUGCUGCAUGGGCUGAAGAGAAAGCAAACAAGAUUGCGUCAAAGGCAACAGAGAGAGAGGGAAAACGGACAGCCGAGCGAUCAGGGAGGCUCGGGGGAUGGCCCAACCGCACCCAACCCUCCUGGACGAACGACCAGCACGAGCACCAUGGGAAGCGUCAACUCGGGACUAACGACACUACUGAACGAGGGACUGGAGCAUGGCGGAUAUCGGCCACAGAGCCAACGAGAUGAUGGAAGGAAUAAUAUCAACAACUCCCCUACCAGACGAUAUUUGUCGCAACGAGAGCAGUCUCGCGGUUCGGCCAACUCGGGGGAGUCCAGCCUUUCCAGCAACACGAUGCAGAACAUUCCGGUCAUGCCCCCUUAUCCCGGCGAUGAGACGAUGCCUUCAGGACCCUCGGCCGGCGAUAUGAGUAGCUUGGACAACUUCCCACCGCCUCCUCCGCCACCAAAGCAAUCUCAGCAAAGUGCCCUGGCGGCCUUGCAGAGGGGCGGUGAUCUCGAGAGACGCGCCUCACGCAGAUACUCGGCCUACCAGAUCUCCAAGCUGGUGGGCGCUCAGGGGGUCCCUAUGCUCCCACCGCAGACCACGCCGAUUCCGAAUCGCGGCCGAGGAGAGAUGAGGGAGUCGAUGCGGGCGAUUUCUACGAGGGAUAAUGCUCGGCAUCAGCGAAACAAGUCUUCGCGUGCGGCACCUAUGGAUGCAUCGUCGCCGAUGCGGGUUCCGAGCAGAGUGUUGGAGGAGUCCGAGAGCGGUCCGGUGGAACUCCCGGCAUCAAGGCCAGAAACCGCCGAGCCUGAAUCUCCAGAGGAAAGGUUCAGGCCGAGCGCUACUUUGACGAGCCCGCCAGCUGAUGUGAUGCCAGCAGCCGGCCUAGAUGAGGAAGAGGAGGAGAAGCCCCCCAAAGCACCCCCCAAGUCUGCCGCGGUUGCUCGUGCUCCUACCCCUGACAAGCCGUCGAGUUCGUUUGGGAUGGACAACACGCCUCCCGCUACAAAAGAACUAACAUUGUUUCUGCAGUACAAGUCCAAGGUCAAGAAAUUUGUUCUCCCAGAAGGAUAUGAGGAGCUCUCGAUUGGCCGUUUGCAGCUGGCAUUUAUUGAGAAGUUUUCGUGGAACACUCAGCAAAACGGAGCAGACCUGCCGGACAUCUAUAUUCAGGAUCCCAUUUCGGGCGUGCGUCACGAGCUGGAGGACUUGUCGGACAUUAAGGACAGGACGGUGCUCGUGCUCAACAUUGAGACCCUUGACGAAGUGAAGAAGCAUAUCGACGAGGGUAUUGGUAGCCUCAAGAAGAUUGUCGAAGAGGUCAAGCAGAAUGUGGAUGAUCAUGGGGCUGCUCUGCUGAGGGUUGCGGAGCGCCAGAACGAGACCGCCAGGGACGUUGCGCGGUUGGCUGCUGCUCCUCCCCCUGCCAUCAUGUCGCCGGCUAUGGAUUCACCCAAGUCGGUUGCAAGUGCUGCUGGGGUGGCCGCUCGCAAGCUCAGCACAUCCCAGAUCACCGAGAUCCAGAGCUUGCGCCGAGACCUGGCUGUUUUGCGACAGACGUACUCGAACUUUCAAUCCGAUAUCCAAAGUUCCAUGUCUGCUCUUCGCAGCAAGGCCAACAGCGUCAAGGCAACGGCCGCCAAGAUUGCCGUUCCGGACAUUGAAGGCGACAGCGGACGGGCAUAUGUCAUUAACGGCCGGAAGCAGCUUAACACGGACAGCGACAGGCUUGUCAACAAGGUGGACGACUUGCAAGACUUGGUGGAGGAUCUACGCAAGGACGUUGUCCACCGCGGCGUGCGCCCUCUCCCUAGACAGCUCGAGUCUGUCACCAAGGACAUCACCCAGCUCACCAAGGAGCUGAACAAGAUGGAGGAGUACAUGAAGCAGGAGAAGCCAGUGUGGACCAAGAUUUGGGAGAAGGAACUGGAGGAUGUCUGCCAGGGCCGGGACGAGCUGCGGGUGAUGGAGGACUUGAUUGUGGAUUUGAGGGACGAUUUGGAAAAGGCUUCCGAGACGUUUGCGCUGGUGGAGCAGGCUACCAAGGAACAAAUGAAGGAUGCGGGGUCGAAUGGCGGCGCGGUGGAGGGGAGACCGGUGCUGAGGCAAUUCAGCAAGGGGCUGAACUCAAUCAACAGCAAUGCCUUUGUCGAUCCUAGGGAUGCGAAGGAGGGUGUGUUGGGGGAGGUGAGGGCGCUGCAGCCGAAUCAUGAGAACCGGCUGGAGGCGAUUGAGCGGGCCGAGAAGCUGAGGCAGAAGGAGCUGGAGACGAGGAUGCAGAACCCGCUUAAGAAGGAGCUGACGAACUUUGUCGAGGAGGGGAGGCUGAAGAAGAGUGGGGGGGUGGAGGAGGUGGAGAGGGCGAGGAAGGCAAAGGAGGAGAGGAUCAGGAGGGAGGUAUGGGAGAGGCAGAAUGGGAUCAUUCCGGAGGAUCCGGUUGGGGAGGAGGCUGCGGAGGGGGAGGUCAAUGGGACGGGGGCGGGUGAGGAGGGCGAAAGGGAGAAGGAGAAUGGGGAGGCGAGGGAUGAGCAGUUGUAA